AACCGUAACCUAACGUUCAACACCACACAUUGGCAUUAAAAUAAAAGUCGCGAAGCACGUAUAGAGAGACGUGACGUGCGAGACGUGCCUGUUCACAAGCCGCGGAAUAUUUAAUGGCGUUUACCGCGUGCACUGCGAGGCUUCCUGAAAUCCGCCGCUUGUGCCUUUUCUGCGCAUGCGCACACGUGCCUCCACAUCCCGAGAGCCUUCAGUUCGGGGUUUGAGCGUUGUGCAAAAGUAAAUAAGUAAAUACCGCCUUCAAUACCAACGUAACGGAAAUAUGGCUUUUCAUCGAAAUGGAACAUGAAAUACGGCUUGCAGGGGAGAUAGGGAUUUGUGAGACAAACGCCCGACCGCUAUUUUCUUGGUCUUUGUGUGGUGGUGGUAGAUGGUAUCCAGUGAGCGAUAUCUGGCAGAGGAAGACGACGUCUCGGCGAGUAAUAUGAAGGAGAUGAUCGGUGGCUGCUGUGUCUGUUCCGAUGAGAGAGGCUGGGCCGAAAACCCUCUAGUCUACUGCGACGGUCAUGGCUGUAACGUAGCCGUCCACCAAGCCUGCUAUGGAAUUGUCCAGGUCCCCACUGGCCCUUGGUUCUGCAGGAAAUGUGAAUCACAGGAACGAGCUGCCAGGGUGAUUAAAGGGUGGAGGGGGAGAAAGCCGAGCUGGCAGAUCCCUGAAGGAGGAGGACUGUCCACCACCUGUAACAAAGAGGAGGAGAACAGCAGACUGAGCAGAAGUUUAAAAACUUUGAACGUAGUGAGGUGUGAGCUGUGUCCCCACAAAGACGGAGCCCUGAAGCGAACAGACAAUGGAGGUUGGGCCCAUGUGGUUUGUGCACUUUACAUCCCAGAGGUAGAGUUCGCCAAUGUAUCCACCAUGGAGCCCAUCGUGCUUCAGUCUGUCCCCCAUGAACGUUAUAACAAGACAUGCUACAUCUGUGAGGAACAAGGCCGUGAGAGUAAAGCUGCCACUGGAGCCUGCAUGACAUGCAACAAACAUGGCUGCCGACAGGCGUUCCACGUCACAUGUGCUCAGUUUGCUGGGUUGCUGUGCGAAGAACAGGGUUCAGAUGCUGAUAAUGUGAAAUACUGUGGAUACUGCAAGUACCAUUACAGCAAACUGAAACAUAAAGAAAGAGAUAGGCAUAAGCCAAAGCACAAAAAGCCUUUGGAACUCUCGCCCUCCCUGGUACCAGCCCUGAUGGUGACCUCCGAGAAGAGCUUUAACAGCAGCAGUGGAGGAAGUGUCUCCUCCAUCUCCUCUUCUCAGAAGCGGCUGGACGACAGCGGAGGCCGCUUUACCAAUGCUAAUUUCCAGGAAGUUCCGUCUCAUUCCAGUUCCAGUUCCAAGGAUGGAGGCUCCUCGGAUGGCAAGAGUUCUGAGGGCAAGAGCAAGAAGUUGAGCAGUCACAGCACCGGCUCUAGGUCAAGGGGCCGUAAGUCCAUGCUGAUCAAACCCCACGGCCCUGUGGUUACAACGGCGACUUCAUCCACUGCCCCCUCAUCAUUCAGUCCAUUUCAGCAAGGUCUUUUAUUAGGUACCAGCAGCAGUAAAUCAGCCACUAGUGGAUCUGUGGUCCAGCUCACCUCCGAAUUACUCGGCUUUUCUGACUCCAGUCUGAGGGCUGGUGACUCGUACACACCACCUUCCUUUGGUCGCUGUCACAUGAAGGAUGGUGCAGAGGGUGGAGCCUCUGAAGGCAUGGUGGCCAUCAACACCUUCAGCAUGAUGUCUCUCCCGCAAAGCUCCAGCUCCAGCAAACAUUAUGAAAACUGUCACCCUGCCGGAGAGCUUGGCAGCCUGGCCUCGGCCGGCUACAAACGCCCCCAGCCCUCCUCAUCCUCUUCCUCCGCAACGUCAUCAUCUUCCACUGGUGAAGAUGGAGUGAAGAAAAAGAAGCGGGGGAACUGGAGGAAUCGGUAUGGACCGUGCUUCACCUCCCAGGAUAGUAAGAACUUAGAGGUGGGAGACCAUGGAGCCACACUCCCCUCUUCCACCUCCCCCUCACAGUCCUCCAUGAGCACUAUAGCCUGCCGUGGGAGCACUGUCAGCAGUACUGGAGUGGUGGGAGCUGGUAGCACCAGUCUGGGCAUUCAAAAGUCCCCGUCUCUCCUCAGGAAUGGAAGCUUACAGAAUAUGACUGUCAGCUCCCCACCUGCUGGACAAGGGUCGUACACCAGCAGUAGUGAUGUAGCCUGCCCAUUGCCUGGUGCGCUCCUCGGAGGGUCUCUGUCCGGAUCCAACCCAGAGUUACCCACUCAUCAGUCAGUGGUUACUUCAAUGCCCAACCUUACCUCUCUGCCCCCAACUGCCCCUUUCACCAGCACCUCAUCCACCCAUUCAAACUCACUACCAGGAACCUUUAACCUAGUGCCAUCCCAUAUGUUUGGAAACCGGCUGAACCCGAACUCUGCCAUGGCUGCGUUGAUCGCCCAGUCUGAGAGCUCCACAGCAGAUCAGGAGCUGGGUGACGGAACUCUCAGCUUCUCCAGAAGAGGAAACUCACCAAAGGCAAACCUCUCCCCUCGGUCUCCAUUAAGUGGGCUGCACAUCCGGUAUGACUCGUCAGGACCGUUGGUUCCAGGGCUGGGCUCUGGUACAGAUACGCUGCCCCCUGUGGCCACCAGCAUUGACCAGCUGCUGGAAAGACAAUGGAAUGAAGGGCAACAGUUCCUCCUUCAACAGGGCUCACAGGGAGAUGUGCUGGGAAUGCUGAAAUCCUUGCACCAGCUUCAAGUGGAGAACCGGCGUUUGGAAGAGCAGAUACGAACUCUCACCAUGAAAAAGGAACGUCUGCAACUCUUGAGCGCUCAGCUCUCUGUGCCUUUCACCCCUGCAAGCACCACCGCCACCACUGCCUCUUCUCCUAUGUACCCCAGCAACACUCACACAGACAUGCUGCACAGCAAGAGCAAUCAGCUAGGCAUCAGUGUUUUAACAGAGUCCUCUCAACCCUUGCCCACUCAGGAUCCCCUGUCUGGUGGCCAUAGUAGUGGAAGUAGCACCUCAUCUCUCUCCACCCCUCCUUCAGUGGCCCACAGUCCCCCCCAGCAGCAGGUGAAUGGAGUCGGCAUGGCCGGAGUGGCCAUCCAAUCUGGCACUGCCAACUCUUCCCUGCCUGGCAUAGCUGGGGUGACAGGUCUGAUGGGUGCUCUGCAGGGGAACCACCUGGCCAUGAGUGGUAUCGUGGGUGCCCUGAAUGGAGUGAUCCAGACCUCCCCAACCCUGAUCCAGAACAGCAGCCCCCUGCCCCAUCCCUCCUCAGCUGCCAGCAGUUCUCUGCCCAUGUCCAACAGCCUCAAUAGCAGCAUGACUACUGCAAAAACCAGUCUUCUCACUGAACAAUACAGGCAGAUCCUCCAUCCGCAUCAACUGCAGCACCUUUUCAACAACCAGCUUUCCACAACGGAGCAGCAGCAGGUUCUACUCUAUCAGUUAAUGCAGCACCACAACCACCAACAACAACAACAGCAGCAGCAGCAGAAUGACAUACAGCUACAACAGCUACCGAUCAACAGCCUCUUGCCCAGCAACCAACCAGCCAUCACCAACCCCUUCCUCGCCAUGCACAAUGACAACAGCACUCCCAAAACUGGAGUUAGUACUAGGCUUGGGGAGAAGGCUGUGUCUGUCACAGGACAGGAGAAGACUUGAUGCAGAAAACAAUAUUUUGGAGGAGUUCUGCCUUAUGGAGUUUCUCAAAUCUGCCCGUCCCAAGAGGAUGACUAUCAGAGCAUUGAAACAAGAAUAUUCCCCUACUGCACGAAACCCUCACCAGUGCCAGCCUUGAUUUGUACACACACACUUGCCAGUUUGAUGCCCAUCUGGCAAAAGACAUGUUGUACUGAUUUUGAGUAAAUCACUUGCUGUAAACUUCAGGGUCCCAGGGGGCCGAAAGAGACAAGCUUACACGCACACGUUCUCUCUCACCCAGCCAGUGUGCUGAAAAUGACACAUUGGUCUUGAGUCGCUAUGAGAGAAAGGUGUAGACUGAGGUCUUGGAUGGGGGCCGAAGCUUCUGCAACAGUGUCUGCUCGCCACUGUUACCUCUCUGUACCCCUUUAAUAGAAACGUGUAACUAUAAUCUCAAUAAACCCUGUCAUAUUUGUUUGUCUGUGUGUGUAUAUAAAGGCGUCGGAUGUUUCAAAGCUUAAGUGAUCAGACAUUUGUGCACCAUGAAGGCCUUCUCUGCAUCCUGAUCUUGAGCUUCCCUGGCAAGGAGGUGUUCCAUAGGUCCACAGACUGUCUCACUGACCCUGCUGCACUCUUCGAAGAGAAACUACCUCUCAAGCCAGGACACAUAGACCAGGCCCUGAACCCAAGUGCCAAGCUCUCUGCUGGGGCCACGUGCUAUAGACGCUUCCAAUCUCUCCCUUUUUUUGUUUUCUACAGUUAAUCAGCUUUUGUGAAAUUAAGCGUCAUUCAGACAAUACCUAGUUCAGAGUCACAGAGAACUCUCCCUGAACAGUGACUACACUGAAAUCUGAUUUCUGAUUUCAAAUUUUUGUGCUGCAUUGAUCAUUUUUGAAGCCAACUUUAUAUUGUUCCUUUUUAUUUAUUUGCAUUCAUUGCAUGUUGGGCACAAGGUAAUAUAUUUUAACACCCAACUCAAGAAAUGAUUUUAUACUACUGUCCAAAAUUCUCAGCUCUUUUGAGUCUUGUAAACAUUUUGAUGAUCAUGUCUGGUGUUUGAAGUUAUAAAAAAGAAGAAAAAAAAAAAAAAGCCUACUUGACAAAGAAAUGUUGUGGUCUUGUAAAUACGCCUGUUUUUUCCCUUGUUUUGUCGUUAUGUAAAACAGAUGCAUAUUGGAUUAAGAAUAAGCUGUCAGAAAAAAUAAAAUUUUGUUAGCACAGUUUUA